UCAGUGCUUGGCAAAAUCCACCAAAUUAGCAAAUAAUUAAAAAUUUAUUCGUUGACUGAGUUACGGCCGCACCCUAAGAGGAAACGAAUUGAUUCAUCCUGGGUUUAUGAUUUUGUUAUCGUGUUUGAAUUACUGUUACUACGGGUUAAAUUGAUAAACCUGGAUAAGAUUACUACUUAAUUUAUGAUACAUCCUUUAUGAAAGAUAAUCAACUCGGUUCGGAUGAUUUUCAUAUAAAUUGAUGAUGCUAUUAUCUUAAUGCUGAUAUUUUAAUGCUAUGUUCAACUAAAUUUUACAAAAAUCUCAUGAUUGUUGUUUGCAUGCAUUCAGUUCCUUAAAACGUGAGCAGGUGUUCAGAAUUUGAUUACCAUUUUCUUAGUGUCUCUUAUCAGUUCAAAAACCUAAAAUAAACUGGAACCAUACAUUGGCUUGGCUUGGCUUGGCUUGGCUUGCCUGGAGGUCUCUAAAUUCGAGACAACCUCAGUUCUUUGCUCACUCACUUCUCAGCAGUCGAAUUGUCAGUUUCUUUGCCCUUCACAUAAUGCUCUCUCCCUCCAGGUUUUUUGGCAGAGUGAAAUCAGGUCGUGUAACAAACAAGAACAUGACUCGUCGCAGGUUAGUCUCAGGGAUGCGAAAAGGGGGAGUUGUCCGCAAAAAUGGACAAGUUAUUGAAGUAGGUGAUCCUAGCACCAGCGUCUUGGUAGCAUCGCUCCCUUCUCCUCCUCGUCUACCUCAAACCGCUACCAUCCCAGCUUCAGUCGACUUGGACCCCGAUGUUCAGAGCACUCAUGAAAUCGUCGAUUCAGAUAGAGGAAACCAACUCUUGGGCAGUGAUGUCGGAAGCGGGAGCAGUAGCGUUUCAACAGCACUGCUUAGCAGUACAUCCACUUCAGGAAUUGCCAGCAACAAGAGGAGGAAGCUGGACGCCCAGUUCGAACAAGAGUUGGACAAAUUCUUUCCCCAAAUUUCAAGUCAAAACUCAAUGGAUUCUUCGACCUCGUUUUCGUCGUUAUCGGAGGAGUGGACGAGUGAUAGCUCAUCGCCAGGAUCGGUGGGUGAUCGUCGUAGCCUUCCCAGAGGAGUCAGCCUCAUUCCCUUGCUCGAAGAGCCCACGUCCGGCAACACCUUCAACUUAUCAAGCUCCACGUGCGACUUCAUUAUCGACGUGAUGAAGACUAAAGUAAGCGACACUGCGACUCGUCUCGGGGAGCAGCUCAAAAUUCCGGUCAACAUUGUUCGAGGGGUGUGGAAUUCAAAAGAUGUUCUUUCAAGGGAACUUGCAAACCGUCAAGCCGGAAGGGUUUUGUUUGAAGCGGAGAAAAAAGCAUAAAAUUGUGAUUCUUUUUAAAGUCUGAGCAAAAUGAUCAAAUGAACUAACCAUUUCCUAGAUAAUGAAUUAGAUAAUGACAGGUAUACGCUAAGCUAAAACGUACGAAAUAUAAUAAUAAUACAGCUAUGUACAACUAACUAAUAAUAUGUAUUCAUGUUCGCCACGCCAAUUUUCAAUAAAUAGACCCAACGUCAAUAACGAAUUAAACUUAACAAAUAUUUAUGUAUUUUGCUUUUGAACAAAACGUGUAAUGUAAGAAACAAAUGAGCUAAUAAAAUAGCACUUGUACAUAAUUUUGAAAUUCGAGAAUGGAAUUGCUAAUAAUUUUUUAACAAUACAAAUUUGAAAAAUUCUCGAAAACAAAUAAUCAUAGAUUAAUA